UCCAAUUUCUCGUGCGAAGCAGCACGUCGAUUGGCAGCGGGACACCAGCAUUCGUUCGUGGUGCAUUGGACGCAGGCUCAGGUCACGGUACUAGCGGAGUCUCGCAAGGGUUUUUCAUUCGAAACAUUCUUCUUUCCCUUCAUAAAUGAAUGCGACUCGUCGGGUCGCUUGGCCGCCAGCAUCCCCUCCGCUUCUUGCUGUAUUGCUACACCUUCUCCCUUGUUGAAGACUGCACCACGCACGACAUAGACCGCAUACGCAGGCGUUUGAGGCCCUUCUAACGACUUACGAUUUUACGACCAACACCGCAUACGUCUGGAGCGUGCACCACAUCCCGGCUUCCUUCCUGCAUCUGAACGAAGGACAACCCGAGUUUGGAAGGCGGUUGGAGCUGCAUCGGCAGCUGCAUUGCUCCAGCGAAGGCGGUCGCCGUCCACGCCCUGAUCCUAUCCUGACGGGAAUCUCAGUCAUGGCCGACUUUGCUUUCAAACGCCAAGACGAUACAGGCAUCACAUCUGAAACGACUAAGAUUGUGCCGCUCACCUGCCAUGGCCAUUCCAGACCGAUCACACAUGUAUCGUUUUCUUCCUUGCUUGCGAGCUCGCGCUCAGCUUCUCAGUUCUACAUGAUAUCAGCAUGUAAAGACAACAACCCGAUGCUGCGCGACGGCCUUACCGGUGACUGGAUAGGAACAUUCAUUGGCCACAAGGGCGCUGUCUGGAGCGCCAGACUGUCUGACGAUGCUACUCUUGCGGCCACUGGAUCUGCCGACUUCUCCGCCAAGGUGUGGGACACUUUCACGGGUGAAGUGCUCCACACCCUGCAGCACAACCACAUCGUACGAGCAGUCGCGUUUCCGCCACAAGAAAGACCUCAAGUCCUCGCAACCGGUGGCAUGGAGAAGAAGCUACGCAUCUUCGACCUCUCUCGUACAAGCUCAAGCGUCCAAUCCCCAGGUGAGGGUGGGCCUAAUGGUAACUCUCAAGCUCCUUUGGCCGACCCGCCGUCCUACGAAAUAGGGGCGGGUGAGCACCAGGGCGCAAUCAAAUCAAUCAUUUGGUCUCGUGAUCCAAAUAUCGUCAUCACAGCCGCUGACGACAAGAAAAUCCGUUGGUGGGACUUGAGGGCUCGAGCCUGCAUUGCUUCAUACGACAUCGAAGCUCUACCUGGCUCCUGCGAGCUCAACGCUGGUGUCAACGGCGACCCCGCAGGAAUCAUAAGCGUGGCGGCGGGCAAGAACAUUUAUUUCUUCGAAGGUGGAAGGCCAGGUCAACUCAUCAAACACAUACGUACCGAGCGCGAGGUCGCGAGUGUGGCGCUGAAUGGAGAGGCGAGGCGUUUUGUAACGGGUUGUCCGAACGAUACUUGGGUGCAUGUAUGGGACUUCGAGACUGAGAGGGAGUUAGAAACAGGCAGAGGCCACCACGGGCCUGUCUGGACAACCUGUUUCAGCCCAGACGGAAGGUUGUAUGCAACUGGUAGCGAAGACGGAACUGUCAAGUUAUGGAAGUUCACAGACGGCCCGUACGGCUUAUGGCGAUAGAAGACGUAGCUGUGUCAGUGGUCAUAGCCGGCGAUACAAAACGCAGCCUGCUGCUGACACCAU